GUUAUUGCGGGUUGAUCUACGAGUUUUGCAUGUGAUCAACUACUAUUUGUCCUGAUCGGCAGAUGAAAUUUCAGAUGCGCUGCGAGGCGUUUCCCUUCGUAUCUUGACGCGAUUCCUUUGAUCUGGAUUCGGAAGCGAUUCAGAAGAACAAAUAAAUCCUCCGUAUUGAACGGGACACCGCGCGAAUGCUGUGUGGUGCACAUGGAUUUUUCAUUGGAAUUCGUCACGUCUCUUCCAAGGAUUUCUUCCCUCUCAUUGCAAUUUUGUAGCGUCAAUGUCUAGAAACUUGUUAAAGAACUUGUAUAUUAAUUUUUUCAGUUGCAACGUCGACUUGUUUGUAGUGUCGGCGGCAAUAUAAACAACAUUAACCUUAUUUCCUCGCGUGAUCAAACCAAAUCUAUAAUAUAAAGUAAGCAUCGUUUCAGACUUAAAAAAGAAAAAAUUAAAAAAUGGCUGAUGAAGAAGAAGAGAAAGAGUAUAGAUGGGAGACUGGUUAUGAGAAGACAUGGGAAGCAAUUAAGGAAGAUGAUCACGGAUUGUUGGAAGCAUCAGUUGCUGAUAUUAUCCACAAUGCUAAAAGAAAGCGUCAGAUGGAAAAGAAGGUUGGUGCCAGAUUAGGAAUGAUGAGGCACCUUUAUAUAAUUCUAGACGCUUCUGAAUCGAUGUCUAUUCAAGAUUUGAAACCGACUCGUUUCUUAUGUUCCUUGAAGCUUUUAGAAGAUUUUAUUGAAGAGUUUUUUUAUCAAAACCCUAUAAGUCAGUUAGGAGUAAUUAUCACAAGGAACAAAAGAGCAGAGAAAGUGAGUGAAUUAGCUGGAAAUUCUAAAAAACAUGUUAAAGAAAUGCAAAACAUGCAACAGAUUGCUCCAACAGGUGAGCCUUCAUUACAAAACUCUAUAGAACUAGCAUUAAAGUCACUACGUCUUCUACCAUCACAUGCUAGUAAAGAAAUACUCAUAAUAGUGGGAGCACUCACAACAUGUGAUCCAGGAGAUAUUAAUGAAACUAUUCAAAACAUGAAGACAGAUUCUGUCAGGUGCAGUGUGAUAGGAUUAGCUGCUGAAUUAUAUAUUUGUAAAAGAAUGGCAACAGCAACUGGUGGAGAGCAUGGUGUUGCAUUGGACGAUAAACAUUACAAGGAACAGUUAAAUGCGCACAUAGAUCCUCCACCAGCUGCUACUAGAUUGGAUGCUGCUCUUGUAAAAAUGGGUUUUCCUCAUCAUGCAUUACAUUCUUCUGCGAAUGAUUCAACAAUGGCAGUUUGCAUGUGUCAUGCAGAAAAUUCAGAUGAAUCUGUUAAACUUCUUAGUACAGGAUAUCUUUGUCCUCAAUGUUUGAGCAAACAUUGUGAACUUCCAGUAGAAUGUAGAGCAUGUGGAUUAACUUUGGUAUCUGCUCCACAUUUAGCACGGUCCUAUCAUUAUUUAUUCCCUGUUGAACCUUUUAAAGAAGUUUCAUAUAGUGGAACUCCUUCAACUUGUUAUGGUUGUCAAAAGAUAUUGUCUCAAAAAGAUAAGAAGGUGUACACUUGUAAUAAAUGCAAUCAAACGUUCUGUUUAGACUGUGAAAUAUUCAUCCAUGAAUCUUUACAUACAUGCCCAGGCUGUGCUACCAAUCAAGAUACAUAUCAAAGAUCCACAGAUAGAAUUUAACUAAUAAUUAAUAAAAACGAAGAAUUUUGUAUUGUAAAACUGGGUCAUGGAUGCUCGUACAAAAGAUAUUUUCUCUGAAGAGAAAUGAAUGAAUGAAAUGAAUCAAAAGACAAUAAUCAAUGAAAGUUUAUUUCAUUUUUUUUUUUUUUACAUUACGUAUAUCUUUGACAUGACAAAGUCAGACUUCGCAAUAUACGUGCAAUAAAAUAUAUUGAUUCUACUAAAAAUAUAUUUCAAUAUAUAACGUUUUCAAAUUACAAUAAUUGAUCUGUUGCCUUAUUAACAGAUUCCGGAUUUAGAAAGUCUUAUUAUAAAUACAAGUUCACUUAAACGAAAGGAAAACAAAAGAAUUGAAGUUGUUUGUGUACAUUUGAGUGAUAUUACAGGCUUCUUUCCGCCGAGCAAAGAAUCCGAAGAUUUUCGAGCGGUAACGUGGCCGCUUUAAAAUCAUGGUGGGAGGUGAUUGAAGUUUAUUAGCUAGCAGACAGAUGGAAGCGAGCUUCGUGAUAUUAGAGCACAUUAUUAGUUUGCGAUCGUCCUCCGGUGCGACCGGUUUCACGGUGUCGACCUACUUCCGAUUCAAUUACGUAUGUUCAUCCUGUCCGGACAAAGUGACUUUACAUAUGAGAAAUUUUUCCUAGUUUCCUUUCUAACGCGCAUCUUUUAACUCAGGUAAGGAUAAUGUUAUUCACUAAUGUUUUACGUUUUCCCCAAUAAAUAAGCAAUAAAUGUCCAAUAUCAUUUCCCCUUUGCAUACAUGUAAUUAACUUUAUAUUAAUGUAUGCAUAAAAUAAAUUUACAUACGCGUAAACGUUUUAACGCGUUUAGAAUAAUUUGUACAAUUUGUAUGAUUGUUCAAGGAGAAUGUUCUAUGAAUGCGAGUGCGCUCAUAUAUGCGCGUAUUUCAUUUCUUAUCUCCUUUUACAAAUUAAUACUUUUGACUGUAUGUUUAUGCAUGAAAAUCGGAUAAUUUUUUGUUCUUUUUGUUCAUUCUUUAAAUAGAAUUUUAUGUAGAAAUGAACAUGAACACGUGUAUUUUAGAUUAACAUAAACGACAGUAAGUAAAAGGUGGAAAUAGAUGGUUGUUACCGUUUUGCAAUAUUUCCCUGCGAAAUAGAAAUUAAUCACCGUGAAAUGAUCUUGUAUUAUCAUACAUUAUUGUAUUAAGAAAUUUAUACAUAGUAUUUAUUAUUUUUGUACAUAUUUUAAUACAUUAGUUAAAAAAUAAGUAGUAAUAAGUUAUUCAAUAUCAAUGUCAACAGAAAACCUAAUUUAUCACACAGAUUAUAAUUUAAUUUCGACUCGAUUUCUUAAAAAGGAAAAUAACCGGAAUUGUUUAAUAACAAUUGAUUGUUGAUUUAUGUAAUCUUAAAAUUAAUUAUAGCGAAUGUAUAUUUUAUCAGUUGAGAAAAUUAAUUUAAUUGUCAUUGGUGACUUAUAUCAUGAUCGAUUUGUCGAAAGGUCACUUUAACUUUAAUAUUCGUUCUGCAAAAUGAUUGAUACCAUUAGAUCUAUUUAGAAAUAUUUUAGAUAACAAGCUUCAUUUCAUUAGUAAAUGAUAUAUGUAUUAUGAAACAAUAUUAACCACAAAUUUGAUUAAAUGAAACGAUUUAUCUUUA